CCUCAAUUCAUACAAGAUUUCGUGCUUGGAAUCAUUACAUUUCAGAUUUUCAAGAUGAGGACAGCUUUGAUUGUUGCAAUAAUGGUGCUGGUGAUCGUGGACCUGUCGGCCGCGAAACGUCCAGCCCACUGUAAACUUGAUGUUGACCACGGACAUCAUUGCCAGCACAGUGCUCGUGAACGCGUCUACUUUGAUAUGAAAACGAAGUCAUGUAAAUCGUUCAAUUAUCGUGGAUGUGGCGGUAACAAAAACAGGUUCAAGUCUCACCACGACUGUCAUAAAGAGUGCGCUUAGAUGAGGAAGCAGCCAGACUACAAUGCGAUGAAGACUCGUGUGAUGUAGACAUCACAACUGAUACUGAUGCUAAAUUGAUCGUGGUUGAUCGAUGUGUCUGUUCUAAAAUUUGCUAAUUUCAAUUUUAGUUUCAAAACCGAGGUUUGUCAUUAGAUCACCUAAUAUACGAACUAUGGCAUCCUUCGUACUCUUGAUUUAUUAAACAUACUAAACAAUCAGAGACAAAUCAGUCCGUUCCUGAGAUGUGAUUCAGUGCUCUACCCUGAUAUGUUAUCUACUCAUCCUGAUUUGGUUCGCUUGUUUAUUUUGCUGGCAUUAUUUUAUAUAUACUGCAUAGGUACCUAAAAUGAUGACUGUUAUUAAACAACUAAUAUGUUAAAUGAAUUCAUUAAAGUUAUAUCGGGCAAUACAAAUUCAAAA